AUGUGGAUCAUAAUUAAUUUUUUUAUAUACUUUCCAAACAGCCGUGUUUUCUACGACAAGCGAAUCAGUGCCGAGGUUCCCGGCGAUUCGCUUGGAGACGAAUUCAAGGGAUACAUCUUCCGUAUUUCCGGUGGGAAUGAUAAACAAGGUUUCCCGAUGAAGCAAGGUGAACGUAAAAGAAAAUCUGUUCGCGGUUGCAUUGUUGGAAACGAUCUUGCCGUAUUAUCGUUAGUUUUGGUCAAACAAGGUGAACAGGAUAUUCCCGGAUUGACAGACAAUACGGUUCCUAAGCGAUUAGGUCCAAAAAGGGCGUCAAAAAUUCGCAAAUUCUUUAAUCUGUCGAAGGAAGAUGAUGUUCGCAAAUUUGUCAUUCGUCGCGAAGUAACAACGAAGAAUGGUAAAACAAUCACAAAAGCGCCCAAGAUCCAACGUCUUGUGACGCCCCUGACUCUACAACGUAAGCGCCAUCGUCUUGCUCUUAAACGUAGAAGAGCAAAAGCAGCCCAAGAAGCAAAGGCAGAAUAUGAAGUCCUACUCGCUAAGCGCGUAAAGGAACAAAAAGAAAGAAAGGCAGACCUUAAAAAGAGGAGAGCCUCAGUUAAGGCUUGA